AUGACUCCCGAAGAGGACAGCCCCCUUGUUCAGCGAAUCAAGAAAAGGAAGUUGAUAUUGUCCUCGGAUUCCGAAGAGGGAGAGGCUCCUUUUUUUACUAGUGAUGCCACACCUGAAAUAUGUCAGAGUUCCCCCUCACCGACACGGCAAUUCGCAUUUUUUUCACCACUGACAGCGCCCUCACCCUCCUCGGCACCCACUCAACCACCUUCUCCUCCUCCUUGCUCCUCCUCUGAUCCAUCCUCUCAAUCCUUGAAUCCAACACUAAGACGUGCUGUUACACAGAAGGCCUCACCUGUUUUUGAUGGACAUAAGCCAAAAAUCAACUUAGAGAUGCGACAAUUGCACUCUCACUUGCAUUUUAACGAGCCCCAUCAUCUAAUAACAAGUUUUCUCUGA